AGCGGGCGCGCGAGCCGCCUGGAGAAGUUCGGGCGGGAGGGGGGCGUCGAGGCAGCGCGGGCGGGCGGGCACGCGCAUGGAGUGGCCGAGGUAGACGCGGGAGAGAUCCGUAUCCGCGAGAGCAAGCGAGCGCGCGCCCGUCCGGAGAGCACGCGCCAGCCUCGCGCCGCGACGCCCACCCUCACCGCCCGGAGCGUCCCGCGUGGGAGCCCCCGCGCCGGGCCGAGAGAGGCGCGCGGCCAGACCGCGCCAGUGAUUACAGUUCCUGUAUUCCACCAUUUUUUUGAUGGAAGAGGAGGACCAUAACCCAGAAGUGAAGUCUGCAGUAAAACAAGGAACUCUUGUUGAAUAAUUUGUCUCCUUUCAAAAGCAGCACCCAGUUUAGAAGAAGCUUGAAGAGAAGAGAGUACUUUUGGACUUGGCUCUUUUCAGUUUUACUUAUUCAGCACAUAAAUGGUGAUCAGCAAAGACACAGAAGCAGUUGUGGCUGCCAUUCAGCUUCACAUCAAGUAGCGUUUAGGUUCUUGGAGGGGAACUUAAGUUACAUGAAGUGAAAAGUAUUUCAAGACAUCGCUUAUUUUUAAGAACAUUAGCACCGUGGAUUUUUUAGCAACUGUACAUGUGAUGAAAAUGAAGUUUAUAUUUUAAGAGCAUAUGCUUAGGCAGAUGUCUCCCAUUUAAUAUCAGAAUUUGGGAGAAGCAUUUUUAUAUAACUUAACCUCCUCCCACUCCCCCCCCAUCCAAGCUUUGAAACUGAUGUGCUACAGACAAUGAAUAAUCCCACAGAUUUGGGUGUACCUGUUCAUUGUUAACCAUGGCGUUGCUCUGAAUGUUAUCAUGCAGACCCAACAACUGCUUUUGUAAUGUAAAAUCUGAGUUCCAUAGCACCACGACAAGAGGAAAUUUAAUGAGGUGAACGUGGUUGUGGCAUUUUUACAUGUAAAUUACUUUUUUAGGGUUUUUUUUGUAGUGUGAGUGCAGAGAAAUUAAGAUGAGCAGUUGAGGGGGUGAAGGGUGCAGUCAGCACGAAGUGCAGCUUCUCGUGCUCUGCUUAGAGACGCACCAUUGCCUCAAAUCUGACAUAACUGCAUUCUGGAGAAGGAAGAAACCUGAAGGUCAGAGUGAAGCACAGAAAUAAAGGAGAAAAUUGGACUGCAGAGAACAAACUCUGGUAGUUGAUCGUACCUCUUUUUUUCUAUAUAUACAUACAAAAUCUUGGCUCAUGCACAACACCAUGAAAGGGUGAAAAUAAGGAGGAAAGGGAGGGAACCAAGAGGACCCCCCACAAAAUGCAAUACUCCAUGUAAUCUAAUUCUGAAUGAGCAGUUGGAUGAUAACUCCUAGGGUACUUGAAGGUGGGAGUCAUACCACACUUUGGAAAGUUAACUUUUCCGUGGUUCACAAACUUGAAUUCCUCACCUACAUACCGCUACUAGUAUCUGUUGUAAAGCUCUUACUGCUCAUGACAGUGCAGUUACAGAUACUCGAGUCUUCUUUCUCACCAGCUUGUGUCCUACUUUUGUCCUUCUUGCUUUCCAUUCACUGUCAGGAAUUCAGCACGUCAGCUACUACAGUUAUGGACUGUGUGUAGAAUAAUGUAGUUUUAAGAUUGAGGGGUAGUUAGAUUAGACUUGCUCUAUGAGACUAAUUUGAACUCUUACCUCUCUUUACAAAGAUUACAUCUUUACCAUAUUUACCCUCCCACUUUCUGAAGAAAAACAUACAGUGCACACAGGGCCAUACUGCAAGGCAAUGAGCAUUUGCAAAAGGAAGCCCGUAAAUUCGAGUGUUUCCCAUGUCUUUAUGCACUGCGUGUUUGCUCUGUCUCCUUUCUACCUCCAGACCAGUCCCAACAUGAAUUUCAUAGACGCAUUGCUAAAGUUGUUGUUGUAAACAGGAAGUAUUUGGAACUUGUAAAGGCCUUAUCUAUUCUGGCCCAGGAGACCAUGUUGGCAGCUUUCUAGUAAGAAUUGUAUUUAAGCCCAGCAAAAGAUUGCAACUUUUUUUUUUCUGUUCACUGGGGGGGCCUAAAUGUUACAGUGCAAUUAUUCCACACAAUUCUACAGCAAGGGCUGACAGACUGGAGAUGUAGUUGUUCUUUUUUCCACUUGUAGAUCCUGGCCAUGAGGUUUGAUGCCUCGCUUUAUUGAAGGGAGACACUGGACCUAAAUGGCGCAGCAUGACUUUGUUCCUGCCUGGCUUAACUUCUCAACGCCACAGUCGGCCAAGUCCCCUGCAGCCACCUUUGAGAAACAUGGAGAGCAUCUUUCGCGGGGUGAGGGCCGCUUUGGUGUGAGCCGUAGACGACACAACUCUUCUGAUGGAUUUUUCAAUAAUGGCCCCCUCAGAACUGCGGGAGACUGCUGGCAUCAGCCUUCCCUGCUCCGCCAUGAUUCUGUAGAUUCCGGUGUUUCUAAAGGAGCUCAUGUUGGGCUUUCUGGCAAUCAGCCUGGCUGGCAUGGUCCCUCACGGGGCCAUGAUGGUAUGAACCAGCGUGGUGGUGGAGGAACUGGAGUCCAUCGCCACUGGAAUGGCAACUUUCACUCUCGGAAGAACUCUGCCUUCCAAGAAAAGGUGCCCGUUGAGGCCAGAGAAGAGAAGAGAGAAGAAAAAGAGAAGCUGCAGUUUGAGGAAGACGACUUUCCAUCUUUGAAUCCAGAAGCUGGAAAACAGAAUAACCAGAGCAAACCUUUAGGGACACCUUCUGGAGUGUGGGAAAACCCCCCUAGUGCCAAGCAACCUACCAAGAUGCUGGUCAUCAAAAAGGUUUCAAAAGAGGAUCCUGCUGCCGCCUUCUCAGCUGCAUUUACGUCACCAGUUCCUCACCUUGCAAAUGGCAACAAGACCACCACAAUUGUCCCAAGUGUCUACAAAAAUCUGGUUCCUAAACCUGCAGCUCCUCCAUCUAAGCCAAGUCCAUGGAAAGCUAACAGAAGUGAACAUAAACCCGGCUCGCUUUCCUCCAGCCGUGACUCUGCCUUUACCAGUCCGGUGUCUGUAACCAAACCAGCGGUACUGGCGAGUGGCUCAGUUCUCACCUCUCCCAAAGAGAGUCCUUCCAGCAUCACCCCUCCCAUUGAGAUCAGUUCUUCACGUUUGACUAAGCUGAUGCGUCGCACCGCCGAUAAGAAAAGUGAAUUCCUGAAGGCAUUGAAAGAUGACAGGAAUGGAGAGAUCACAGAGAACAGAGAAUGUGACAAGUUGGAGGAUAUGGAGGGCAGCAGCACACCAGAACCAAAGGAAAACUGGGAAGAGAAUUGCCAUCAGAAUGGCCUUUCUCUCCCUUUAAUGGAGGAAGGGGAGAACCUUUCACAUUCACUGGAAGCAGAACACAGGUUACUGAAAGAAAUGGGAUGGCAGGAGUAUCCUGAAAAUGAUGAGAACUAUCUUCCCCUCACUGAGGAUGAGCUCAAAGAGUUCCAAGUUAAAUCAGAGCAGCUAAGAAGAAAUGGAUUUGGGAAGAAUGGAUUUCUUCAGGGCCGCAGCUCCAGCUUGUUCUCCCACUGGAGAAGCACUUUUAAGACAGAGUUGGAGGACUCAGACACAGAAACUAGUAGCAGCGAAACGUCAGAUGACGAUGCCUGAAAGUGGGCACAAAACAUUAAAAAAAUAAAUAAAUAAAACCAACCCAAUAAACUCGGUUCAUAGUUCAACGUGUGUUUGGGGUUGUAUAAACUAAACAGAGUUUAUUCUGUCUCCAGUCUGUUCAGUUUUUCUUUUGUUGUUGAAUACUUCAUGCACAAGGGAAAUAAUUGUAUCCCAAAGAAGAGAGAAAUUGGCUUGUUUAGCUUUUUCUUUUGGUUUUGCCCUUCUGCUUAAUAGAAAUUUGUGCAGCUAGCAAAUUUGUGAUGAGAAUCCCUCGUCAGGCAAUGCACAAGUUCAGUCUUGUAAGCAGGAUACAGGUGACUGAUCUUUGCAACAACAAGCUUCUAAUAAUGCCGCCUGCAUUACAUAAUGUUGCGCGGUAACAAUGUGCUAAAACAAUCAUUGUCAAUGACAAAAUGGCUAUUGAAGUUCUAAUUGUGUUAAAUUAAUGCUAAUAACAUGAAUUUUUUAUUUUUUAUUUUUUUUUGCGGCUCGGGGAGCUUCAUCACUUAACCAGGCGUUUGUGGUUUUCUUUUAUGGGUACAGCUGUAAAAUAUUUGGACAUAGGAAUUGUUUGUGUUCUUCUUCUUGCAGCCUUGAUAUUCAGGGUGGAUUGUAAAAUAUAAAUUUUUUGUGAGAUUUCAAAGAUUAAGAUUAUUUUGAUAACAUUAUUUACAGAUUUAAAAAAGUGACUAUCACAUUGAGUCUGUAUGAGGGGAAAAAACUACUGCAUCAAAAAAUAACUAACUUGGAAUAAAUAUUUUGCAUCAGUUUGCCAA